AGAGAAGACUGGGGAGCGCAUAAAAAGACCUGCGCGAGUACAAAGAAAAAGAGAGUGGAGCGAAAGAAAAAGCUAGAAGAAGCAAACGCGCGAAUUGCCAACGACAAGAUCCUGGAGGAGAUCUCCAACUCAGAUACAGGUACAGCACAAGCACGUACUCAGAUACGUGUCUCGCCUCAAAUACAGCCGAGUGCUAUACCACCAACACCCUCACCUACAUCGCGACAGUCAAACCCAACGUCAUCUGCCAAGAUCCCGGUAAAGGAACAUGCGCAGAAGACUCAGUCUGCAUCACGGCCACAGACACGGGCCCAGGCUCAGGGACAGGCAAAGGAGGUAGGACAAACGACAGCUCGAACGCAAACACCUACGGUAGUAAAACCACCUACACAGGGAAAUGCAGCAGCCCAAUCCCAGGGGAGGUCUACUACACACGCACGCGCAGAGCCGCGAGCACAGACACAGAAACAGCCGCAACCACAAAGAGUGCCUCAGAGUGGACCACAGACGACGGUACGAACGCCUGCUGCUGCUAUAGUAAAGCCAACUACACAGGCAUCAACCCUGUCGCAGCAGCCACAGAGUGUACCACCGAACAUAUCAGGAAGAACAACUGUGAGGCCGCCUACAGAUGUACCAGAUCCAGCACAAUCUCAAGGUAAACCAGCAACACAUACUCCAUCGCAGCCACAGCCACAGAAGCAUCCGCAGACAGCGCAGUCGAUGGAGAAUGCACAAUCGCAAGCACCUUCUGCAACGCAUGCGCGUACAGCUGCAUCUACACCGGCGGGUUUGGGUAUACAUUCAGGAACACCCACACCCAUACCCACAUCUAAGCAACAACAAUCAUCUGUGCAAGCACGGAAAGGGCCAACGGAUCCCCAGCCGACAGUCUCUGCAAACAAGGAUGCGAGGAAUCCUUCGAACGCAAACUCACCGGCCGAGGUGACAGCAAUACUGCAGUGCGGGGCAACCGCAAAACCGCAAUCAGCAACAGUGGCGAUGGUUAGAACGGCUCCGUUGGAUGACGCCUUGACAAGCACGGCUGUGGGUGUGCUAAAAGUGGGACCGUCACUCAAUGACGGGGUUACAGCUCAUGUAGUGCCACCAGCUUUAGAGAAGACGCAGGAUAUUACCACAGCGAAGACAGUACCAGCAGCAAAUGUAGGGGAAACAAUGGUUGGUACAGGGGUGUCGAAAUUGACCGCUGCAAGGAUAUCAGUGACAACCUUAUCAACACACACAUCAGCACCUGCUGGAAACUUAACAAAAGCCGGUACAAAGCCUAUAUCGGUUGCCGGGAUACCAACAGCAACUUGGUCACAGCCUAGAGUAGCUACUGAAGGUAUAUCAGCAACUGCAUCUGCGAACAUGGCUUCAAACACAUAUGCAGGUGAAACGACAGUAACACCAAGCUUAUCACAGCCGGCGACGGCGACAGCGACUGUCAAUAAGCCAGCAACAGGAACCGUUACCAUGACAACAACAUCUGUAGGUAGACCAGCAACAGAAUUAUUGAGUACGCCAGUGGCAGCAGUUUCAAUCAUACCCACGACAGCACCUACAGGCAAGCCAUCAACAGCUGGAAGGAUAUCUCCGAAAACCGCAGGCAUCCCAAGCGUGGGCAUGUCUCGGAAAGUGGAUACUGAGUUGUCUACGAUCCCUCCUGCAGCAGGCAAGAAUGAUUCCGAGGUAUGUUGUUGGUCAGGGGAGUUGUGUUUGUCAGUGUAUCAUUGUAGCUGA